AUGCCCAUCUGUGAUCUCGUUACCUGCAAUGCUAUGAUCCAGGCGUGUUCCCUAAACGGGCAAAUCGAUCGGGCAAGAGAUCUCUUCCAGGCCAUGAAUCACAGAAGUAUCGUGUCAUUCACUACAAUGAUUCAAGCUUUGUCUCAGAUCGGCCAAAUUCGAGAUGCGGAGGAGAUAUUUCUGAGAAUGCCGGAGUGUGAUCCAAUCGCGUGGAGAGCAAUGCUUCAAGGAUUUGUCCAGAGCGGACACCAAGAACGAGCGAUUGAAAUGCUUGAAUCAAGAAAACAAGAGGAUCCAUCUUCUUGUACGAUCUUAAUUGUAGAGUACGGCAGAAACUAUCAGCUAGACGAGGCUAGAAUUUUGUACGAAAAGAUGCCAGCGAAAGAUUUGGUGGCCACAAAUGCUUUGCUCGCAGCAUAUUGCAGGAAUGGUUAUAUAGAUUUAGCAAAGCUUCUUUUCGGUAGAAUGGAACAAAAAGACUUAUUUUCCUGGAACACAAUGAUCCAAAACCAUGACAUAGAUUUAGCAGUCUUAAUGUUUGACAGCAUGCCAGAGAGAAAUCUUGUGUCAUGGAAUUCUAUGCUUGCCGCAUAUGCCCAUCAAGGGCAUCUAAGGGAGUUACAAAGAGAAAUUGAUUCCCUGGUUUGUGAUUUUUCUCUUGAGGGCGUCAAGCCUGACGAGGCAACUUUUCACUCUGGAAUUGUGGGAUGCAACCAUGCCGGAAUGGUUCGAGAGUGUUGCAAGUGUUUCAAAUUGAUGAAUUUGGAGCAUGGAAUAUCUCCUCAGAAGGAGCAUUUCUGUGUCGUGGUUGACGUGUUAUGCAAGUCUGGACAGCUGAAUCAUGCUCAGGAUCUUCUCCAAAACAUGCCAUUUGUGCCAGAUUCAGCCGUUAAGACUGCAUUCUUGUGUGCAGCUGGUGUUCAUCAUGCAAUUCGGACGAAGAAUCUGGACGUUGACCACCAUGAUUCUGGAUCAUGGUUGGCUUUAGCAAAUUCUUUCUAG